CGGCCCGCCCCGGCCCGGCCGCUCCCUCUGGGCGCCCCGACCGGGCCCGGCCCAGGGGGCGGGGGCCGCGGCCGCCGAGGAUGGGGAAAUCCAACAGCAAGUUGAAGCCCGAAGUUGUGGAGGAGCUGACCAGGAAGACCUACUUUACCGAGAAGGAAGUCCAGCAGUGGUACAAAGGCUUCAUCAAAGACUGCCCCAGUGGGCAGCUGGAUGCGGCAGGCUUCCAGAAGAUCUACAAGCAGUUCUUCCCAUUUGGAGACCCCACCAAGUUCGCCACAUUUGUUUUCAAUGUCUUUGAUGAAAACAAGGAUGGGCGGAUCGAGUUCUCUGAGUUCAUCCAGGCACUGUCCGUGACCUCACGAGGAACCCUGGAUGAGAAGCUGCGGUGGGCCUUCAAGCUCUAUGACUUGGACAACGAUGGCUACAUCACCAGGAACGAGAUGCUGGAUAUCGUGGAUGCCAUUUACCAGAUGGUGGGGAAUACCGUGGAGCUCCCGGAGGAGGAGAACACUCCAGAGAAGAGAGUAGACCGGAUCUUCGCCAUGAUGGACAAGAAUGCUGACGGGAAGCUGACGCUGCAGGAGUUCCAGGAGGGGUCCAAGGCAGACCCAUCCAUUGUGCAGGCGCUGUCCCUCUACGAUGGGCUGGUAUAGUCCAGGGCCCGGAGCUGUGAUGCCUGGGAACUACUUGCCUCCUCCCGUGCCACAAGGCCACCUCCUCCCGACACCACCCCUACGUGUCCCCCAGCCUUCCUCCGCAUCCACACAGGCCGGCUGCCCUUGAACUGUGAGGCCUCGGCUCUCCCUGCUCCUGCCCUGCACCCACCUGCCACCUGAAGCCACCGGCUCCAAUUGCCAAGAACCUCUGCUCGAAAACGUACAACGAAAUGGAAAAGUCUCCAGCCCUCGGCAAAACCAAGGACUUGGCUGCUUCUCAGGCAGCCUCUCGGUUCCUCCUGCUCUCUUGCGCGUGUGCUUUUGGUUUUUAUUUCAAACAGACAUUCUAAAAGAAAAAACAAAAAACUAUCUUCUGUCCUAGAAGAUACAGACUGACAGAUGGGGAGAAGGCCUCCGGGACCUCGGGGACCUCCGUCUCUCCCUCGUCCCUGGUCCCCUGGUGGCCAGAGAAGCCACAGGGAGGGGGACAGGGGUGGUCGGGGGCUGCCUGAUUAACAUUGUCGUCCCAUCUUUUAGCAGCAAAACUACCUGCGCGGCCAGGAUGAUUAAUCAUGAGGAUGAGGAUUUUUUUGUGCUAACAGUAUUGUGCUUUUGUGGGGAAAGUGAAUUUUUUUUUUAUAUACAUAUAUAAUUGAUAUCCUUUAUUUAUUGGUUGUUAACCGUUGCUGCUGCCUCGUGGGUCCGCAGCUCCCAGCACUGCGGAGCCACCGUUUACAUGUGCACCCUGCCCACCCGCUCACCUACGCUCGCUUGGGAGGAUGGUGGCCUGCAGCAGGCCAAGAUGCCAAAAACAUUUUUUUUUUUUAAGAUACUGUGCUUAAUGUUUGGAGCGGGGAGGGGUAGGAAUUCCUGACUGGCUAAUGCACUGUUCCCUCCAGCCGAAUGCUCCCCACCCCAGGCCCCUUUCCCUGCUGACCCACCACAUCCACCAACCUUGUUCUCCAGGUCCAUAACGUUUUUUCCAAGGAUGAAUAGGGAACAUCUUUAGGUUUCUCAGCUCUUACUUUGGUGUUUGCUGCAGCAUGGACAACGGAGAGCCUUGUCCUCAGGGCACCAGGAAAAGGGGCCUCGGUGCAUAGACUGAGCUGGGAGGGUCUUUGCAAGCAUGUCAGCAGAAGUAAGGGAUGUGUUUGAAGAUUGCCCAUGACUCCUGCUCAGCCUUCCCACCUCCCUAUUUGAUUUUUCCGGUUGACCACACAGUUCUUCCCUGUCCCUCUCUUAGCUCACAGGUUGGCAGGGAGAGGAGAGUCCCAGGCAGUCCCCUUGAGGUGGUCUGCUCCUUGGGGCUGUGGCCUGCAUGCCCUCUGUGGAGACUUCUAGCUCUGCUUGCCACCGAGGCAGAGAUGGCUCCAGAACUGUCACCAGGAAUGUCAGGUGACUCUGGACCAGAAGUCAGGAGCCCAAGGUUUGGCCCUUGCUCUGUGAUUGUGGGCAGCCCUCUGCCCUCUCUGGGCCUCAGCUGGCCAGUCUGCAGAGCUGGGAGGCCUGGGCUGGUUGGUCUCGAAGGCCCUUUUCCAUUCUGAUGUGGUAUAGUUCCAAGUCUAGGGUUCAGUUUCCUACAGUUUGUGAUUCUGUGGCCUGUGGCUAAGUUUGCCAGACCUCAGUAGACAGGGGACGUCUGAGUCACAGCACAGCCCCUAUUUUGUCUCUUGGCACAAGUCUUCAUAUACAUAGCAUUGGUUGCUUGUGUGUGUGUGGGGGACUGUCCUAGUAGCCAAAUGUGUCAGAUGGCACCCCUCGUCCCUUCUAGCAGCAUUCCAUGGUCCCAUUGGGACAUUUGGGUUCCUUUUGGCCCAGAACUAGUUCACUGGGGGAAGGUUUCUGGGGUGAGAAGCAGCUUCCUAGCUGUUUAGGGCCAGGCCUGGGGCUGGAGUUCUUGCUGCUGCUUUGCAAAGUCAAUAUUCUAUCAUCUCGUCCCUGUUGGGGCCCUCGGUUCCACUCUUGAGUUGUCCUUGGUCUCCUCUUUGCACUUCCCGGAGGCCAGAACCCUUCCUGCCAUUUAGCCCUCAGCGAGGAGGCCUGCAGACAGAGGAAGCUUUGCUGUGUCCACUAGCCCUGGCCAGAGCACUCCACCUGCUCCACUGCAGGCUUCCAGAUCUUCUCAGAGGGCUCUGCUGGUCAGCUUCCUGCUCAGGGAGGCCUGGGUCCCCCCACCCAUCACUGCAGUCCUGACCUGGGCUCCCAGAGCCAGGGGCUAGACUUGGUGACUUGGGGUUGAAGGGUGAGUGGAGUCUUUUGCGGGUCAGAUUGCUUUUCUUUGGCCUCUCUGGUCAAGCAGAAAUGAUGCUGUUGUGCCUCCUGUCUUGGAGGCAUCACGGCAGAGCGACUUGCAGCUGAGGAUUGCCAGGGUUAAGCCGUGGACCCCUUUAGUCCCUAGACAUCCACGGAGCCCAUGCCUGGCCUUCCACCCUUCAUCCUGCCCUUUGGCCUUUUGAUUUGGAGCCACAGUGUGGCUUUUGGCCUUAGCAGUGGUAUCCUUUGGGGACCUGUGGGCCCAUGCCUUGGGCAUACCAGCGUCCCAUUCCCUGAGAUACCCCCUUUUCUUGGCAGGGUGCUGGACACUGACCAUUUUCACUCAAGGUUGCCAGGCAGGGACUGAUUUCUUCUGUCCCCUCCUCUUACCAGACCUCUGCCUAUGGCAGCAACCUCAGAACCUUAGGCUAGAGCCCUCUUGCUUAGCCCUCAGGCCUUCCCUACAGUGUUGCCACCUGAGGACCCUCCCUUGCUGCCUUCUUGGGGCUUCCAGCCCUGAGGCCAGGCCUCCAGUCCCUCAGCAGAGCCUCACAGGGGGCCAGGCAGGGGCCAGUCUGCUAAGGCCUGGCCUCUUCACAGCGUAUGCACCUCCCUUUGUAUUGAUGAUGACUUAGGAGAAUGUUACAAUUUUCCAUUAUUUAAGCAGGCAGGGUUUAAAGUGACAUCAAGGCAAGCAUACGUGUCAUCCUCUGUACAACCCCGGAAAUGCUUUUCUGUGUGACCACUGAUUUCCUAGACAAAUGCACCCCAGGCUUUCGGGGACAUUGUUUCUUGUGGGAGGAGGGCUGGGGGAGGUCAGGAAGCCUGGAGAUCCCUCCCAAGAGAGGCAGCCUCUCUUCCAAGAAAGCCCCUACUUGCAUACCCACCAAGCCAAAAGCCUCGGGUUCCCUGCACAGUUUCAGCAUUGAAGGGAUUCAAGGAAGUGUGGGGGCGCCCCCUGCUGCCGGUGAGCCUCAAAGACAUCUGGGGCUCGGAUCCUGCCCAAUGGGUGGUCCAGAGGUGGGAGGCCAGAAGCGUCUAUGAGUCUGUGGAGGCCAUGGGCCUCCAUAUUCUUGGCAGUGUGUUCCCAGACGCCCCUCUGCCAGGCCAUACGGGAUAGCAGGUGUACUAGCAUAAAGGCACCAUGAUGGGAAGCCCUGCUCUCCCCUUUUUUUAAACAUCUGCAGAAUAAACCCAAUGGUUAAUUUUUGAAUGAAUAAAAGGCUUUUGUUGAAUAAAAAA